AUGAUGUUCACCAGGUUUUCUUCCGUAGUGUCAACCAUUCUUAUCUCUGGGCUUGCGUCCGUCGUCCUUGCCGGCGUGGCGCCCCAGAUCACCUCUAACCCUCUGAAUGUUGUUGCCGUUGCCGAGUUCCCUAUGUUUGGUUGUGGCGAGAUGGAGGGCUACGUUCUGUUCGAGGCCCCUUACGGCAAGAAAGUCAAGGUCAACGUUGACGUGACCAGGCUUCCAGCCGACGGCUUCCCAUUUCUCUAUCAUGUCCACGAAUUUCCCGUUGGCGAUGACGGUGACUGUGAAAGUGUUGGGCCAAUCUUCAACCCUUACCACGCCUCGCCAAACUGUGACGCCCAAGACGGCGACGAGUACUGCAAAAUUGGCGACUUGUCGGGCAAGCACGGUCAAAUCCAGACGACCUGCUUCCAAACCGAGUACUACGAUCCUUAUAUCUCUUUGACAGCUCAGUCGAAAGGUAGCAUCGUUGGUCGCUCGGUAGUGUUUCACUACAGUGACAUGACCAAGAUCGCUUGUGCUAAUAUCGAGUACGCCACCGAGGAGCAGAUGGAGCGUCUUCGCUGUGACUCUGACAGCGAAGGCGACGGUGAGGGCGCUGAUGUUAUCUACGACGUGAACAAGCGGGACGAGGAUGGCGACGGCAGCAGCAGUUCGUUCGGGGGCUACGAGUCAGCCGCCUCUACGCUGUCUACUGAAAGUGCAUAUUCAGAGACAGAGUACUCACCCGAGAUUGUCACUAAGGUGACAAAUUCUAGCAGUUAUCAUCACAAUAAGACCACUGUGACCAACUAUGGCCAAAACUCCGUGUGCGAGGAAGGCGGAGCUGCGAGCUUGAAUGCUGCUAUCUGUGCCCUUUUUGGUGUGUUGGCUCCCUUUUUCUUGUGA